AUGGCAGGGCAAUGGUACAGUAAGCGUACGAUCUCUCGCGAAGAGCCCUCAGUCUCGCUCCCGUCGCCUGUCUCUACCAGGACAGCUUCGCCAGAAGACGUGAACCCUCUCUCUGCUGAGGAUGCGCUUAUACCAGCUGCUCUUGAGGAGUUGGAAUUGCUCGGCUUGGCGGGGUCCCAUCUCACCCUCGGGGAAGACCACGAGCACAAGACGGCCCCUCUCAUUACGCGUGAGGCGUAUUUACUCACCGAACCCACGCACAGGCCGUCGCAGUAUGGCGUUCUGGGGGCCGCUCUCUCCGUACAUGAGCAAAACGGAAAGUCCGACAGCCCGAGGGACCCACGGCUGUAUAUUAAUACAAAUGCUCCGCUGUCGGCCAUCGUCUGCGGCGUUCAGGGCUCUGGCAAGUCACACACCGUCUCGGUGCUGCUGGAAAAUAUGCUAAUCCCUCGACACGCACCCAUCGGCAACGGGGAGAAGGCCCUUUCAGGGCUGGUUUUGCAUUUUGGCGAAGCAGGUGCGGAACUCGAUGCGGAAGCCUUCUUGUCGAUGAUGGCGGUAGGGUCAUCCGACUCGGCGCCGCUGUACGUGCAGACUAUCCUGUCGAUCCUGCGGGACCUCGGAGAAAAGUUUACAUACUCGAAGUUUCAACGCGAACUUGACGACCGCAAGUUUAAUCCUGCCCAGCGAGCCGGGCUAGAACAGCGAAUGGCGUUGCUCAAAGGAUUCAUCGAUACGAAAGCUGGGCAUCGCAAGAAACGUUUCGCUGCUGGACAGUUGACGAUCAUCGACCUCUCCGAUCCGUUCAUCGAUCCCGCCGCUGCUUGUGGGCUGUUCGAGAUCGUCAUCCGCCAGUUCGUACGUGCGCAUGUCGGGACCGGCAAGGUCCUCGUCGUCGACGAGGCGCAUAAGUACCUCGCGGCGAACAAGGGCAACUCCAGGCUGACGAAGGCGUUGCUCUCGCUGACGCGCCAGCAGCGCCAUAUGGCCAUGCGCGUGCUCAUCAGCACCCAAGAACCAACCGUCGUCCCGCCGGUCCUGCUCGAUCUCUGCAGCGUCGCGAUCCUGCACCGCUUCUCCUCCCCCUCCUGGUGGGACCACGUCGCGAAGCACGUCUCCGCAAACCUGUCGGACGAGGCCUUUGACCAGAUAGUCAAGCUGCGCACCGGCGAGGCAAUCGUCCUCGCGCCGUCCGGGCUCGGCGUCUUCGCCAGGAGGGAUGCGGACGGCGCCCCUGCGGCGCGCGAGCUCGGGCAGUUCGGUCGGCGGUACCUCUUGGUGAAGACUCGUCAGCGGGUGACGACAGACGGAGGUGCCUCGGUUCUGGUGGUGUAA